UGGAAAAAAUGGAGUUACUGUGUCAUAUUUUUUUUAUAUUAUGUAUUAUGUAUACAGUACCAUAACCACUAUGGUGAACAGCCACCCUUAAAAAUGGAAAAGCACCACACUUAUUGUCGGCAACAUUAAAUUAAGAAAUGAUGUUAAAACAUUUUUUUCAUUAAUUGUUAAGGUGUAAAUAAAUCUAUAUUUUCAGGUUUGUUCGAAGCACUUUAUAGAUGGCCGCCCUACAAAGCAAAACCCAAUCCCAGUGUUGGAAAUGGGAUAUCGACCAGUGACGCCAAAGACACCUGGACGUAGACCUUUGAAAAGACUCCGUCUAGAAUCUAAUGAAAAUUCAAGUCCAAGACAGUCACAGCCACAACCUGAUCCAUUAUCAACUCCUGUAAAACGACCAAGUCCAAAAGUGGGCUGUCCUCCUGACGAAAUGUUGACAGCUACCCCAAUCACUGAUGCUGAUGAAGCCUUUACGGACUGUCAGCAAUGUUUAAGCAUCUGUUGUCAGAAAUACCCACAACACUGCCAUAAUGCCAAUAAGCCUAAGCUAGUAGACAGCAGUACACAGACUAUUGAUUUGGUGGCCCAUGACCACACUUACUGGUAUUCUCUUAAAACAAAGACGGUAUCUACUCAGCAUUCUCAGCAUUCUUCUGCGGAAUUUGGUUUUGAAAACAUACAGACUCAGACUCUCGUUUUUACACAGGAUUGAGCCUCUCAGUGUUCAUGACAUUAAUUUCAACA